UUAUCACUUCCGCAACAUCUGACAGUGCAAUAACAUGGAUGCUAUGGCCGAAGUGAGUCAGGAGAACGGUUUUGCCGGUGAAAGCGGUGCAGCCAGGAUCCAAGAGCGGCUCCAGAAGCGGCACCAGGCGAGAGCAGAGGACGCCGAGCGGAGGAGGGAGGCUAAAGAGAGCCGGUCUGUGGCGGAGGAGAAGGGCGAGUAUUUCUCCAGCACCUUCAACACGGAGCGGGCGUCCAUCGAGGAGCUGCUGUCCGGCUGCUCCGGAGCCGAGCGGGCUGUGGUGACUCAGAAACUGGAGGAGGCGACGGCCAGAACGCUCCAGCUGCAGAAGUUCCUGAACGACAGCUUGUUGUUUCUGACGCAGUACGAGCUGAGCAAAGCCCAGGCUGCUCUGCAGAAACUCCAGACCUCCCUCACUGAGAUCAGAGAGGAGGCUCUGCCCAAGAAGAAGUUCACCUUCCGGGCUCGAACCAAGGCAGCAGAUAAAGCUCCUGCACCUGUGUCAGACACACCUGAUGCAGGCGUACCUGCAGAUGCUGGUGGCACCGAGGUGGACGGAGCCGCAGCCCCAGAGCAGUGCGGCUUCUCCAACAUGGACAACAUGUCUCUGACAAAGACAGCUGAGGAGAUCCAGCAACGAGACGUGCUGCUGACUCACCUGACCAACUGCAAGGUGCGUCUGUUCGGCUCCCCCAGCACGCUGCACCUGAAACACAUCGACAGCUGCGAGAUCCUGUGCGGACCUGUGUCCAGCUCAGUGUUCCUGGAUCACUGUAGGAACAGCACCCUGGCCAUCCCCUGUCAGCAACUACGGACCCACAACACCGCGGACACACAGGUGUAUCUGCACGUCACCAGCCGGGCCAUCAUAGAGGACUGUAGCGGGGUGAGCUUCGCCCCUUUCUCCUGGUCUUAUCCCACCCUGGAGGAGGACUUCGCCGUGUCUGGCUUAGACCAGGAGCGGAACAACUGGAGCCAGGUGGAUGACUUCAACUGGCUCGCUGCGGGGACGCCGUCCCCAAACUGGACUGUUAUUCCAGAAGCAGACAGGAGAACCAAGUGGGACCCCUAGAAUCAAACUUCUUAUUCAUUUUCCAAAGGAGCAUGUGUUAGCCCAGAUACACUCAUGUAGUCUUGUUCAUGUUAGUUCACAAUCAUCAUUUGCGUCCAUGAACAGCACUUACAUUAAUUUUUAGUGCAGCAGUUGUUGGCAGAUGUAACUCAAAGCAGGGCAAAUGAGCAGUUUGUAUGAUGAGGUUAAAAAUCCACCUGUUGUAUCAGCCAAAAUCACAGUGGGACUCGGCUGAGACGGUGUAUCCACCUGUUUGCCAAAUUUAAACUCUAGUUUUGAUUAUCGCAGCUCAUAUGUCAUUGCUUACACUGAGCAAACAGUUGAAACUAAAAAGCAAAAUGCAAAACUGAGUGAUGAUUGCACACAGAGAAAACUGGACUCUCCAAAUUAACACUAAUGCCUAUUUGUUCCUGUGGUAUCUCAAAAUUGGUACAUAUGUUCAGCCAGUAUUAGUUUAUCACAGAUAUAUUGGUAUUGUAUUUUCAGUUCAGAAAUGUUAAAUAAAACUGUGAAACGUCUUGUACGGAACAUAUCUUGCUCACAAUUAUUUAAAAAUCAAAUGUAAGGCAUUCUCAUCAAAACUCUUAGUUGAACCUGUGUGUUUGCCCUACAUAUACACUCAGUUGCCGGUUUAUUAGGUACACCUAGCCAGAAGUCAUGACGGUUUUGAUGGUAAUUUGAUGGCGAUUCAGCUUUAUCCUCCUGAGACCCUGUGUCCUCUUAAGGACAUCAUAUUAUGGGUUUCCUGCACCUUAUACUUCAUUCUGUUUAACUUAGACCUGUUGUCCUUGUUUGCGGACACUUCUUUGUGCCAUCUAUUGGUAGUCAGAGCACAAUACACUGAUCCAUGUAAAAAUAAGAUGGCAGCCAUCUCUGCCAAGUCAGUCUGCAGCUGAUCCCGACACAAAAGUGGACAUGGUCCAAAACCUGAUCACAGUUUAUGGUUAAAAAUUGUUUAUUUAUGAUUCAUAAUGUUUGUAGUUUGAUAUGGCAACAAAUUUGACCAAUUUUAGCAACAGUAACAAGCUAAGACAUUGUCAAUUAGGAAGUAUUCAUCUGAGGACAUUAGGACUUUAUUGUCGUCUCGUUUGAGGACAUAGGGACUUUAUUGUUGUCUCGUUUGAGGACAUUGGGACUUUAUUAUUGUCUUGUUUGAGGACAUUGGGACUUUAUUGUUGUCUUGUUUGAGGACAUUGGGACUUUAUUAUUGUCUUGUUUGAGGACACUGGGACUUUGUUUUUGUCUUGUUUGAGGACAUUGGGACUUUAUUAUCGUCUUGUUUGAGGACAUUGGGACUUUAUUAUUGUCUUGUUUGAGGACACUGGGACUUUGUUGUCGUCUUGUUUGAGGACAUUGGGACUUUAUUAUCGUCUCAUUUGAGGACAUUGGGACUUUAUUGUCAUCUCGUUUGAGGACGUUGGGACUUUAUUGUCGUCUCGUUUGAGGACAUUGAGACUUUAUUAUCGUCUUGUUUGAGGACAUUGGGACUUUAUUGUCGUCUUGUUUGAGGACAUUGGGACUUUAUUAUCGUCUUGUUUGAGGACAUUGGGACUUUAUUGUCGUCUCAUUUGAGGACAUUGGGACUUUAUUGUCAUCUCGUUUGAGGACAUUGGGACUUUAUUAUCGUCUCGUUUGAGGACAUUGGGACUUUAUUGUUGUCUCGUUUGAAGACAUUGGGACUUUAUUAUUGUCUCGUUUGAGGACAUUGGGACUUUAUUAUCGUCUGGUUUGAGGACAUUGGGACUUUAUUGUUGUCUCGUUUGAGGACAUUGGGACUUUAUUAUCGUCUGGUUUGAGGACAUUGGGACUUUAUUGUUGUCUCGUUUGAGGACAUUGGGACUUUAUUAUCGUCUCGUUUGAGGACAUUGGGACUUUCUUGUUGUCUCGUUUGAGGAUAUUGGGACUUUAUUAUUGUCUCGUUUGAGGACAUUGGGACUUUCUUGUUGUCUUGUUUGAGGAUAUUGGGACUUUAUUAUUGUCUCGUUUGAGGACACUGGGACUUUAUUGUUGUCUCGUUUGAGGACAUUGGGACUUCGUUAUCGUCCCGUUUGAGGACUUUAUUGUUACCUCGUUUGAGGACAUUGGGACUUUAUUAUCGUCUCAUUUGAGGACAUUGGGACUUUAUUAUCGUCUCAUUUGAGGACAUUGGGACUUUAUUAUCGUCUCGUUUGAGGACAUUGGGACUUUAUUAUCGUCUCAUUGGAGGACAUUGGGACUUUAUUAUCGUCUCAUUGGAGGACAUUGAGACUUUAUUAUCGUCUCGUUUGAGGACAUUGGGACUUUAUUAUCAUUGACAAUAUUUUGUUUUUUAUACGUAUCAGGUCCUACUGAUCCCAAAUAACUAGGAGAAAUUAAAAAUACGGACUAACGAAAGUUCGGGUCUCAGGAGGACAUGGUCAUUUUGGAGGUUGCAGUAUGUAGUGAUUAUACAGAGUUUUACAUACUGUUAAGCUCCUGCUGAUUCAUUCUUACAUAUUCCAGUGUCAAAAACAAAUUCACUUCUGGUUGGAAUCGAAUAUUUUAAGGUCAGAGGGUGAAACUGUUCUGCUAACGGCUUAGCCAUUGUGUUAUAUUCACAAAAAGUACAUGAUCAUUAAUCUGCAUCUGAACACAGUAACUCAACCACCUGGACCUCAGAGCUGUCUGUCUAUUAAAAGAAGAGAAUGUGACUCACUGUAAGAACAUUUAAAAGUUCUUUUCACUAACAAACGCUGGUAUUUUUCUGCUUCCUGUUUCCUUUUGUUAUUGAUAAUAACCCUGAAACCCAUGGUAUAAUAAUUAGUAUCAUUAAAAGCAUUGUUCAGAUCAUUAUUACAUUCAACAGCUUUAAACCAGUUACACAAUCAGUCUUCAUUAUACUGGAUCUGAAUACUUGAACAAAGGACAGAUGAUGAGCCGCGUGCUGAAAUUACGUGCCUUUAUGCAGCUGAAGACCUCCAACCCUGAACAGCACUCAAAGUCUUCAGUGGUGCUCUGAUCCUCCAGUAUGUAACUAAAUCUAGUCUGUACUUUGUAAACAGGGACAUUUAAAAGUGACUGCGGUUGAAAUGAGGUGCAAAUAAAGAGUCUUCCUGCUCAACAACAUGUUUGUAUCUGGUGUUUUAUAUCAAUGAUCAUGAUUCGUUUUUAAUUUUCUUGUUAAAUAUAACCAGCCCAUUUACAAAACAAGACAAAUUAAUAUAAAGCAGAUCCAAACAACAAAAACAGUAAAAGUACAAAACAUACUAAAACCAGUAAAACUAAAG